UCAGUGAGUAAAUAGAUUGCUAUUCCUUUCUGAUCUGGACUGGUGGUGGUGAUUUGGAAUGUAACACGGAAGGAAAAAGGAUGAGGACGUGCAUGAUGUGAUGUGGUGUCGAUGCAGCAUAAGGAUCUGUCCCCUCAACUCAAAGUGAGGUGUAUCGGUGAUUUUUAAUUACCAUUUCAUGUUUGAUGUGCUAUUUUUUUUCAUUGAUUGGCUAUUGGAUUCAUAACUAACAACUACUGUUUUGUACAAAAUAAGUGGGGUAUUCUUUUAAUAUUUUUUUUUAAAUGGGAAGUUCUUUUAUUUAUAUGAAUAAAAUGGGCGCUCUUUUAUUUAUUUUUCUGCACUAAAGAUUCACAUUUUCUUAUGGAAAUCUUGAUCUCAAUCACUUAAUGUCGAAUUGUUCAACUAUUUUGGGUGGAAACCUGCAGAUCUGAGUUCCAAUUUCUGUUGUCUGUGAUCUUCUGUUCAUCAAGACACGUCUGCACACUUCACUCCGUUCCAAGUUUUGUUUCAGAGAUCACUCUUCCUUGAAUUGGUUAGCACAAGCUUCGCAUUUGUUGAGAAGAAUCCAGAGGAAACGUGCUCAGUAUCAAGCUUGGCGCAGGAAGAGAAGCUGCAGGCUGCAGCCACAACCGCAGCAGCUCCAAGUGUUGAGCGCCCUGGACAUUGCGAAGACGCAAUGGUACCACUUCACAGCCAUUGUCAUCGCCGACAUGGGCUUCUUUACCGAUGCCUACGACCUUUUCUGCAUUUCUCUCAUCACCAAGCUCCUCGGUCGUCCGCAUCUACUAGACUGCUACCAUGUCGACGCUGUCCCUGCUCGUCACCAACCUCCUCAAGGUGGAGGUGGCAUUACGUCGAGCUACUUCGGGGUGUUUUCGAGGGGGUUCCUCCACUGCCAUGGGAUGCACCUACUGGGCACCGCCUCCACCUGGUUCCUCCUCGAAAUCGCCUUCUACACCCAGAACUUGUUCCCAAAGGAUAUCUUUAGGGCUGUCGGGUCGAUCCCCAAUGCAGCCACCACUAGCGCGCUCGGCGAGGUUUACCGCAUCGCGCCAUUGCAAACUCUAGUCGCACUCUGCGGCAUCGUGCCGGGCUAUUCGUUCACGGUGGCGCUCAUCGAUGUGCUUGGCCAUUUCGCUAUCCAGGUGCUGGGAUUCUUCACGAUGAUCGCCUUCAUGCUCGGCCUCGCGAACGACCUUCAUGAUUCAUCGUGCCGGCGGAAAUCUUCCCAGCGAGGCUGAGGUCGACGUGCCGAGGUAUCCCGACCGCGGCGGGAAAUCUGGGGGCGAUGGUGGGGGCGUUCCUGUCCCUGUACCUGGCGAAGAGCCCGGACCCCGCGAAGACUGACGAGGAGUACCCACCUGGGAUCAAGGUGAGGAAAUCAUUGUUCCUGCUCGCAGGCUGCAUCCUGCAUCCUGCUCAAGUCUGGUGCCAGAAUCGAAAGGGCGGUCGCUGGAGGAGAUCUCCGGCGAGAACGAACGGAACAGGCCGCGGCGGCUGGGUAUAGCAACAGGACCGUCCUCUUGUCAGUAUAGGACUGAUUAUGAUUGGUUGCUCUGCUGGUGCGUGGUCGAUAUAGAGUAUAACAUCUCUUGUCUUCUUCUUAAUAUCCAACACGUUCAUAUUGACUGAGUAAUUGGUUCGAGAUGG